CGCUUACAAUUGAUAUCCUCCCAUUAUCUGUACAUACAAUAGCGUCAGAGCUCUUGGAGAUGAUCUUUUGACCUGUGACCCUGAAAUCUCAUGCGUUAAAAGUGUGAGGGACCGAGAGCAUAGACGUGAUUACGUCAGUAAUGAGUUUGUUGAACGACGAAGUAUUAAUUGUCUGCCAGAAAUAUUGACUCUGCUGUGGAUAAAAGAAGAGGACCAAUUUCUGCAAGCACUCUGUUCUUGAUCUGAAAAUGGCAGCUGGUGGUAAUUUGGCAUUGCUGAGUGUAUCAGAUAAGGCAGGUCUCUUGCCUUUUGCUGAGAAGCUUCAAGGACUUGGACUUACUCUGGUGGCAUCAGGUGGAACUGCUAAGGCCCUCAGGGAUGCAAAGAUUUCUGUAAAAGAUGUUGCUGAAAUCACAGGUGCUCCAGAAUUGCUCGGAGGAAGAGUCAAGACACUGCACCCAGCUGUGCAUGCAGGCAUCCUGGCUCGACUCAUCGAAAGUGAUCAGAAUGACUUGGCCAAGAUGAACUACAGCAUGUUUCGAAUUGUUGUGUGCAACCUGUACCCAUUUGUGGACACAGUUGCCAAACCAGGAAUUACCGUUGAUGAUGCUGUGGAGAACAUUGAUAUUGGUGGCGUGACACUUCUGAGGGCUGCAGCUAAAAACCAUGGCCGAGUCACAGUACUCUGUGACCCUUCAGAUUAUGACCUCGUGGCGAAGGAGCUGCAGACCUCGGCAGAUGGAGACACCUCAUUGGCUACAAGGCAGCGUCUUGCCCUUAAGGUAUUCACUCAUACUUCUCAUUAUGACCUGGCAAUAUCCGACUACUUCCGCAAGCAAUAUAGUGCCGGAAUAUCACAGCUAACUCUCCGCUAUGGCACGAACCCACACCAGAAACCAGCUCAAAUCUUCACGACCCUAGCUCAACUUCCUCUCAAAGUUGUGAAUGGUGCUCCUGGGUUCAUCAACUUGUGUGAUGCUUUGAAUGGGUGGCAGCUAGUGAAGGAGCUGAAGGAUGCGCUGGGCCUGCCGGCAGCAACGUCUUUCAAACACGUGAGCCCCGCAGGAGCAGCUGUAGCUGUGCCCCUCAGUCCUGAACAGGCCAAGGUAUGCAUGGUGGAUGAUCUGUUGGGGCAGCUAACUCCUUUGGCUGUGGCAUAUGCUCGUGCACGUGGAGCAGACAGAAUGUCCUCAUUUGGAGACUUCGUUGCACUGUCUGAUCCCUGUGAUGUUGCCACUGCCCGCAUUAUCUCCCGUGAGGUUUCAGAUGGAAUAAUUGCGCCGGCCUACGUACCGGAAGCCUUGGAGCUGCUCAAGAAGAAAAAGGGUGGCGCAUACUGCGUGUUACAGAUAGAUCCUUCGUAUGAGCCUCGUCCGGUUGAGCAGAAGGUUCUCUUUGGGCUCACAUUGCAACAGCAGCGCAACAACGCUGUAAUCAACAAACAGCUCUUCAGUAACACUGUCUCACAGAAGAAGGAGCUGCCAGAGGGAGCUGUGAGGGACCUGAUAGUUGCAACCAUCGCACUAAAGUAUACACAGAGCAACUCCGUGUGCUACGCAAGAGACGGUCAAGUAAUCGGUAUCGGUGCCGGUCAGCAGUCUCGUAUCCAUUGCACUCGUCUCGCUGGUGACAAGGCUGACAACUGGUGGUUGCGACAGCACCCUAACGUGAUCAGCAUGAAGUUCAAGAAGGGUGUGAAACGUGCUGAGAUCUCAAAUGCCAUUGAUAAUUAUGUGAAUGGAACUGUUGGAAAGGACAUGGAUGAAAAAACAUGGGCAGCCAUGUACGAGACAGUUCCCAAACUGUUGACGGACAAGGACCGUGCAGAGUGGAGUGGCAAGUUGUCAGGAGUGGCACUAGGAUCUGACGCCUUCUUUCCUUUCAGGGACAAUGUUGAUCGUGCCAGACAGAGUGGUGUCGAGUACAUCGCAAGUCCGUCCGGUUCAACAAACGAUGAUGAUGUGAUUAGAGCUUGUGAUGAUUAUGGCAUCACUUUGGUCCACACUAAUCUUCGUCUGUUCCACCACUGAGCUUGGGGGACUGACAGUAAGCUAUAAGAGGUAAAAUCUGUUGUGAUCUGAAAUGUGCUUUUAUACAAUUUUUACAUAAUUUUGUAAUCUCAUUACAUAUAAUUCAUAUGUUCAUACACACUUACUGGAAUUAAUCAUUGAAUUACAGAAAGAUUUAAGGAGAAGUGUGCUAAAGCCAAAAAUA